AUGGCAGGCCUUGUCUUCGGUCUCGUCGGAGGUGCCAUCCGCGCCGCAACCGGCGGCAGCCGUGACCGACAUCACGACCACAUUGUUGUCGGCCCCCAGCCCGCCUACUAUGGCGCUCCGUGUGCUUGCCAGAUGCCCGGGUCCUGCCGGCUCUGUGCGGUCGACCCAGUGUUCAUGUCCCGCCGCGAGGUCCGCCGCGAGCUCAAGUACGAGCGCCGCGCCCUGAAGCACGCCCGGAAGGCAGCCCGGUGGGGCCUCGCGCCCCCGGUCGCCGUCUAUCACACCCACUCGCAGAACGGAUACGUCCAGCCGCAGCAACAGCAGGGCUACCCCCAGCAGAGCUAUCCUCAGCAGCAACAGGGCUACGCGCAGCAGCAGUACCGGUCGGUGCCGGAGCAGCAGGCGCCGAGGAGAGCGUCCUUUGAUGAAGAUGAUCUCCUUGAUCAGCCGCCUCAAUAUGAGCCGGGCGACUACCAGCAACGGCAGCAACGGAGAUCUGUCGAGGUCUUGACGAGCGACAGGAAGAACUAA